AUGAUCUUCUGCAUCUUCUUCUUUAUUGUAGCUCACCGUCGAUCGAUCGAUCGAGCGAAAGGGCGCGACAGAAUUGGAACCAACCUCCCCCCGCACGGAGCUCACCGUCCUCUUUCGAUCGAACAUUGCGUCUUCUCCUCCACUUCGUCGUCAUGGAGCUCUGAUUCGUCCUUUUCAUUCAUUCCUGAGCCACAGAACUCAAUUCUGGUGAGAAUCAGCGUUAGUGGCGCGUUGGUGCCUGCUAUUGAGCAAAGAGCGACGGUGCUUUGCAAUUUGGAAGCGGAUUUGCGUUGUGGUAUCGGCGAGAAUGAGAGGGGCGGGUAGACUAUGGCAGGCCUCAACAGCAGCAGCUGCGGAGCUCUGCUGCAGUCUCACCAGAAACCGCAGCGGGCCGUCGUCUCCUUUAGCAAUUUCAUCUCUGUCUCAAUUCAGCCGUGGCUAUGGCCUGGUGCCCAUGGUCAUCGAGCACACUUCGCGAGGAGAGCGCGCUUAUGAUAUCUUCUCCAGGCUUCUCAAGGAGCGAAUUGUGUGCAUUCAUGGCCCGAUCUCAGAUGAUACCGCUUCCCUUGUUGUUGCUCAGCUCCUGUAUUUGGAAUCGGAACAUCCUGAUAAGCCGAUCCAUCUCUACAUCAACUCCCCUGGGGGUGUUGUGACAGCGGGACUUGCGAUCUAUGACACCAUGCAGUAUAUUAGAAGCCCAGUGAGUACACUAUGUGUUGGACAGGCAGCCUCAAUGGGUUCGCUUUUGCUAGCUGCAGGACAACCUGGAGAGAGACGCUCAUUACCUAAUGCCCGCGUCAUGAUUCAUCAGCCUUCCGGGGGUGCCAGUGGCCAAGCGAGUGAUAUUGCUAUUCAAGCUCGUGAGAUACUUGAUAUGAGGGCGCGACUCAGCCGUCUCUAUGUGAAGCACACUGGUCACACGUAUGAAAAGAUUGAAUCAAGUAUGGAGCGGGAUCAUUUUAUGUCUCCAGAGGAGGCCAAGCAAUUUGGUCUCGUGGAUGAAGUGAUCGAACGGCGGCCAGAAAAUCUUGUUGCAGACAGUGUUGUGCUUAGACGGUAGCUAGUCUUAGUGUGCUCUCAAGUGAGAGAUCACGCCCCCAAUUUGUGUAAGAUGGAACACUGCUGUGCCUCAACAAUUCUUAAAUCAUCAUAAUAUGAUUCCAAAUAAGUCUUCCAUUA